AAAAAAAUUAAUGUUCUGCUCUAAAAAUUGAUCAAUUGAAAUGUUAUCAAUUAGAUGGCAAACCUUUUGUUUCCUUGUUCCCUUCAUGAGGAGGGAGGGAUAGUUUGGGUAAUUAAACUAGUCAAACGGGUCCUGUAUUCACCCGACCAUGAUUAAAAUUAACCGGGUAUUCUUAACACCGUUGGGUUGCAGUACGUCUUGGCCUUGGGUACCGAAUCAAAAGCCGUGUCUGAGACAUUGAUGCUUUUUUUAGUUUUUGUGUAAAUGGGUCUCUGCCACUGGAUUUCUUUUUAUCUUCCUUUUUAUGGGAAUGAAACUAUCAGGGAAAAGAAAGGCUCUGCAGCCUAGGGAGAGGAGCUAAGAUUUUCUUUUUUUUUAUCAUUAUCAGUGAUUCAUAGGGUCCCUGCAGAUUUCUCAGGAACCCCAGAAAAAGGAGCUGUUAAUUUUUUGGAAAUCGACCAUCUUAUAGAAGUUCUUUUACAGUUUGAUUUUGACAGAGAAAAAUCAAAAAAAUAUAGCAGAAAGAGGGCUUGGCUUGUGUUGAAGGUAAAGGAAACAAAUUGAGGAUAAGGUUUUUGAAGUGAAGUGAGUUGUCAAUUGAAAGAGAAGCUUACAGGUGUUUCUCACUAAUUGACAAGAAACAAGAAUCACUUGUUUGUUAAGCAACAUCACUAGCCAGUACAACAAGAAAAGGGAUUGAAGCAAGUAGAAAUCCAAGAAAACUUUGGAGGUUUUUGUGGGUUAAUGCUUUUUGGGAAGUGGGUUUUCAGUUUGUUAGCAUUUUGAAUUUUUCUUUUUACACCUAUAUAUAUAUAUAAGCAGAUAUAAUGCAUGGCCAUCUAAAUUCUGUGUGGGUGAUCAUCAAAAGCUUUCUCCUUUUUCUCUCUUUGAUUAAACAAAUCAGUGACUAUCAUCAUUACAAAUUCUAAUUAAUUAAGCACAUGGAGGCAAGACUUUGUUGUUUUGUAUUAGCACUGCAAAUAGUGUGUUUGGUUUUUGGGACAAGCAGGCCUUUUGCACCUGAUGACAAUGUUGGUGUCAAUCAACUCUCAGGCCAGAAAGCACAGUCUGUACAAGUUCCUUUGGACUCUAAACAGGGUAUUAAAAGCAUGAGAGGAGUCGGAGUGGCAGGUUUAAAUGAAGAAGAAGAAGAAGAAGAAGCAUAUUCUAAAGGAUUAAGCAAAAUAGGGUCAAGUCCACCAAGCUGUGAACACAAGUGCUUUGGUUGCACUCCAUGCGAAGCAAUUCAAGUGCCUACAACUAGCAAGAACCAUAAUCAUUUUGGUGUCAAUUAUGCAAAUUAUGAACCUGAGGGUUGGAAAUGCAAGUGUGGCCCUACUUUAUAUAGCCCAUGACCAUGUCUAAAGGCUGAAGCUUUAGCUAGAUAAUCUUGUCUUUUCUGUACAAAUUCACAUUCAUAUUAUUAUCAGAAACAGGCAGUCUCUAUCUGUACCUAGAUAACAGGCUUUCAAUAGUUAGAGCAUUUGUUUUGCUAUUCUUUAACCCAUUUAUAUGGAACAUGCUGAAGUGAAGGUCACUGUGACUGCCUCUUUAAUCUUUUAUGAUAAUGGAUAAUUUGAUUUGUUU